CGUGAUUAAGACUCGAUACGUGUAAAAUAUUGCACGUGCGUUAAAAAUUGAGUUGUGUCUGUCACCGCGCUGGAUCUCUGAAAAAAGAUCGAAGGACUAUUCGUCAAGGGAACACCAUGAACACCGGUGUCCUUUUGACUAUAUCUAUUGUAAUCUGUUCCUAUUAUGACACGGUACACGGAGAUACAUACGGUACUCCUUUAGAGCUAGGACCAUUGCCUCCACUUUCUGCAGGGGCAAAAUCAAUAUAUAUUCUUGAUGGAAUACCAUUACCAGACGGUCAAGUAACCGCUUUUAAGGUUUAUUACGAUACUAAACGUGGACGAAGAACAACCUUUCGUCUUCAGAUUUACCGCCAUGAACCACAAAACAAUAAAUUACAGUAUACUUUAAUAGGAGAGAAACGAGUAACAGACGUACCAUCUGAUUUUCAAGGAACACGUGAGAUACCUCUAGACCCCAGUGAAUAUAUUCAAGCUAGACGAGAUGAUAAACUUGGUAUUUUAAAUGAAGAAGGUCACAUGUGUUUAUCAUGGAAGAUAGAUUCUAAUUCUACUUAUGAGAUCCGUUUUCUACACUAUAAUAUGAUGCCUGCUAUAAAUUCGACUGUUACCUUCAAUAAAAUUGAACAACCAGAAGCAUUUGCCGUGGCCGUGGUGAUCAAUCCAAGUAACCAGCCGCAACCAUUGCCAACUACAACUACUACAAGACGUACCACAACUACUACACGACCUACUACUACACCCAAACGAAAUAUUGUGAUCAGAGACCCCCGAGAUCUCGUGGGGGCCACGGGAGAAAGAGGACCUUUGGGACAGAAGGGUGAGAAAGGGUCCAUUGGACCGAAAGGGGAGAGAGGUGGACGAGGUGAUCAGGGAGAUAGGGGUGAUAAAGGUAAUAAAGGGGAGAGGGGUAUAACUGGUGUAACAGGACCGAGGGGAGAUGUUGGUAUCCAGGGUCCUAUAGGAGUAACUGGACCUAGAGGAUAUAAUGGUUUUACUGGCGAAACUGGUCCCCGAGGAUACAAAGGUGACCGAGGUGAAAAGGGAUACAGAUCUGAAAAAGGUGAUAAAGGUGCGCAAGGUGGUAUAGGACCAGGUGGUGAAGAUGGCCAACCUGGUCUGAAGGGAGAUGUUGGACCACGUGGUGAUAGAGGUUUUAGAGGUUAUACUGGACCCUUUGGUGCCACAGGGGAACGGGGUAUAAAAGGGGAUCGUGGUGUGGUUGGACCAAGGGGUCACACCGGGGUUACUGGACCUGCUGGACUCACGGGACCUACUGGACCAACAGGGUCUGCGUUUGCAGAUGUAAAUGAAUGUAGUAAUUCGGGUUGUUCACAUGGCUGUGUUAAUACAUUAGGUAGUUAUUAUUGUACAUGCAAUAGUGGAUAUGUUCUUAAAAAACCUGAAAAUAAAACGUGUAUAGACACAGAUGAAUGUGGAGUAUUUAAUGGUGAAUGUCAACAUACCUGUAAGAAUAAUAUAGGAUCGUAUGAAUGUAUAUGUAUAACUGGUUAUAAAGUUGCACCUGACAGAAGAACAUGCCUUGAUAUUGAUGAAUGUAAAACUGAUGAUGGUGGGUGUGAUGAUGAUCAGAAAUGUAUUAAUACGCCAGGAAGCAGACGAUGUAUACCCAAAGUGGCAGAAUUCGUAUUAUUAACAGGAGCUCAGGCUUCCGCAGCUGCCCAAGUAAAUUGUGAAACAGAUAAUGGAUUAUUAAGUCGAAUGACUAUGAUAGGAUUUAUAGUCUGGAUGAUUAUACUAAGUAUUCUUAUUGUUAUUAUAUUAAUCUGUCUAUUUAUACGAAGAAAUAAACGUAAAGAGGAUUACAGAUAUCGAGAUGACGCAAGCAGACGAUAUUCUGAAGCCUGGGAUGAUCAAAGGUCCCAUAAAAGCGCCCCAUACUCAAGUCGUUUGCCAGAAGUCAACUAUUAUUAAAACAUACACAUUAUUAAAUUU